GCCAGAUUCUCCCAUUUUCUUGCAAGAUGAAAGAAGGGAACAAUGAAUGAGUCACUGGACAGUUUAGUAAAUGAUUCUGAUUCCCUGGAUUAUGUUGCUGCUUUAGGAAACUGCACUGAUGAACAAAUACCAUUCAAGAUGCAGUACCUCCCCGUUAUCUAUGGCAUCAUCUUCCUCGUGGGCUUCCCGGGAAACAUAGUGGCCAUUUCCAUCUACAUUUUCAAAAUGCGGCCCUGGAAGAGUAGCACCAUAAUCAUGUUGAACUUGGCCUUGACAGACUUGCUGUAUCUAACCAGCCUUCCUUUCCUCAUCCAUUACUAUGCCAGUGGUGAAAACUGGAUCUUUGGGGAUUUCAUGUGCAAGUUCAUCCGGUUCGGCUUCCAUUUCAACCUGUACAGCAGUAUCCUCUUCCUCACCUGCUUCAGCAUCUUCCGUUAUGUAGUCAUUAUUCACCCCAUGAGCUGCUUUGCCAUUCACAAAACUCGAUGGGCAGUGGUAGCGUGUGCUGGGGUGUGGGUCAUUUCUCUGGUAGCCGUCAUACCCAUGACAUUUCUGAUCACAUCAACCACUAGGACCAAUAGAUCUGCCUGUCUUGAUCUCACCAGUUCUGAUGACCUCACUACCAUCAAAUGGUACAAUCUAACAUUGACUGCGACCACUUUCUGCCUUCCCUUGGUGAUAGUGACACUUUGCUAUACAACAAUUAUCAGCACCCUAACCCAUGGGCCUCAGACUCACAGCUGCAUCAAGCGGAAAGCUCGAAGGCUAACCAUUCUGCUACUCCUUGUAUUUUAUAUAUGUUUUUUACCCUUCCAUAUCUUGAGGGUCAUUCGGAUUGAAUCUCGCCUGCUUUCAGUCAGCUGCUCCAUCGAGAAUCACAUCCAUGAAGCUUACAUUGUUUCUAGACCAUUAGCUGCCCUCAACACCUUUGGUAACCUGUUGCUCUAUGUAGUGGUUAGCAAUAACUUUCAGCAGGCUGUCUGCUCCAUAGUGAGAUGCAAAGCCAGUGGGGACCUUGAGCAAACAAAGAAAGGCAGUUGCUCACACAACCCUUGAGAUACAUCACUUAAUCAAGCAAAAAU